UAAGCUUAAUAUUCAUAUAUUAUAACUAUAUACAUAAUACAUACAUUUAUCUAUAAUGUCUUCUGCAGUUAUAGGUUCAUGGGCAGAUGCCAAUGAUGAGUUUUCAGCUCCAGAUAUUACUACCAAUCCAGAUGGUACUAAAACAGUCAUUACAUUUAGAACUAAUCAAGAUGGUAAAAGAGUUAAAGUAACUCAAAGAAUCAGAGAAAUUAAAGUUCAAGAAAGAGUACAUCCAUUGAUUGCUCAACGUAAAAACUGGCAUAAAUAUGGUAAAGAAAGAAAUAGUGCACCUGGUCCAGAUACUAGUACUACACAACUUGGUGAAAAAGUUGAAUUAAAAUUAGGUCUUUCAUGGAAACAAGUUGAAAAGGAAGAAGAAGAAACUAAAGCUCAAAAUAGAUCAGAUAAUAUUGUCAUUCAAAAGAUUACCUGUAGAUUCUGUGGUGGUGAUCAUUAUACAGCUAAAUGUCCUUAUAAGGAAACUUUAGGUGGUACAGCAUCUGCUGAUACUGCAGCAGCUGAAUCUGCAGCUGCUGAAGCUAAUGGUACUGGUAAAUAUGUUCCAAGACAUAUGAGAGCUGGAGCUGAAGGUAUAUUAUCUAAAGAAGCUAGAGAUGAUGCUAUGACCUUGAAGGUUUCUCAAUUAAAUAGUUUUGUUGAUGAAGAUAUGUUAAGAGAUGAAUUAUUUGCCAGAUUUGGUCCAUUACAAAGAGUUACUGUGGUUAGAAAUAGAGAAACUGGUGAUUCUAGAGGUCUUGCUUAUGUUUCAUUCUAUAGUGAAGAAGCUGCAGAAAAGGCUUUGAAUGCUUUGAAUGGUAAGGGUUAUCAUUCAUUAAUCUUGCAUUUAGAAUGGUCUAAAAAGAAGAAGACUUAGAGAUAAUUUACUCUAAUUAACUUUUAUUUUAACUUUCAUAUAGUGUAUUUUAGUAGUAUUUAAUAUAAUUAGAAUUAUAUAAUAUUAGUCAUAUAUAUAUAAUAAUAUCCACAUAUUAAUCGUAAUCAUCGAUAUUAUGUCUCAAGAUAAUGUCUCAAGAUAAUGAUUUUUUUAAUACCGAAGCAUCCACUUUUCGCCCAAUGCGGAAGUAUGUGCUGCAGCCCCAACCAUAUAAA